UGUGUUUGCUGGCACGUUCAACGUAAGCGGACAAGACGCGUCAGAGUCUCUUUCACCGUGGCUUGAAUGUGAGCAUGACAUUGACGUUUAUGCGAUAGGUGCAGAAGCAUUUUUAUUGAAUGAUAAUAUUAGAGAGGAAGAGUGGAGUGAUGCUGUAUUAAGAGCAUUAGGCGAUAAAGCCGGAAAUUAUUGGAAGGCAGGUUUUAAAAUUGAUUAA